CAGCCGGGAGCGGCCGCUGAAGUCAUCGCGGAGCAGGAGGCUCAGGACUACACUUCCCGGCGUGCCGUGCGGGUGACGGGGAGGUGAUCGCGGGUUUCCGGGCUCUGUGUCGGUGCGGGUGACGCAGCUCCCGGCCCUCGGAGCCCGCAGAAUGGAGGCCGUGCCCCGUAUGCCCAUGAUAUGGCUGGACCUCAAAGAGGCCGCGGAGUUCGGCUUCAACCUGGCUGUAAAACAGUUUGUCUUGAAGAAUUACGGUGAAAACCCUGAAAAUUACAACGAGGAGCUGAAGAAGCUGGAACAACUAAGACAGAGCGCAGUGAACGUCCCCCGAGACUUCGAAGGAUGCAGCGUCUUGCGCAAGUACUUUGGUCAGCUCCAUUACCUGCAGAGUCGCAUCCCCAUGGGGGUCGAGCAAGAGGCGGCUGUUCCCAUCACAUGGACGGAGAUUUUCUCAGGGAAGUCUGUGACGCACGCCGACAUCAAGUACGAGCAGGCCUGUGUCCUGUACAAUCUAGGGGCGCUACACUCCAUGCUGGGCGCUAUGGACAAGCGAGUCUCUGAGGAGGGGAUGAAGAUCUCGUGCACUCACUUCCAGUGCGCGGCCGGAGCCUUCUCCUACCUCAGGGAUCACUUCACUCAUUCUUACAGUGUGGACAUGAGUCACCAGAUCCUGAACCUCAACAUAAACUUAAUGCUGGGUCAGGCCCAGGAGUGUCUGCUCGAGAAGUCCAUGCUGGAUAACAGGAAGAGUUUCCUGGUGGCAAGGAUCAGUGCUCAGGUGGUGGAUUACUACAAGGAGGCCUGCCGUGCCCUGGAGAAUUCAGAGACCGCCUCGCUUUUAGGGAAGAUCCAGAAGGACUGGAAGAAGUUGGUGCAGAUGAAGAUUUACUACUUUGCAGCCAUCGCCCAUCUGCACAUGGGGAGGCAGGCAGAAGAACAGCAGAAAUAUGGCGAGCAGGUUGCCUAUUUACAGAGCUCUUUAGACAAACUAAACGAGGCGAUCAAACAAUCCAAGGGUCAGCCCUCCACGGUGCAGGACGCCCUCCACUUCACUAUGGAUGUCAUUGGCGGCAAGUUUAAUUCUGCUAAGAAGGAUAAUGACUUCAUCUACCAUGAGUCUGUGCCGGCGCUGGACACCCUGCAGGCUGUGAAAGGAGCUCCUUUAGUAAAGGCUCUGCCGGUGAACCCCACUGAUCCUGCCGUGACUGGACCAGAUAUUUUUUCUAAGCUGGUCCCAAUGGCUGCACAUGAGGCGUCCUCCCUCUACAGCGAAGAAAAGGCGAAACUCCUGCGUGAAGUCAUGGCCAAAAUAGAUGCAAAGAAUGAAAUCCUUGAUCAGUUCACGGACUCCCUGCAGCUUGAUCCAGACACCGUGGAUAACCUGGACAUGUACAGCCACAUCCCACCAUCCUUGAUGGAGAAGUGUGCAGCACUGAGCGUUCGGCCGGAUACAGUCAAGAGCCUAGUCCAGUCUAUGCAGGCGCUCUCUGGAGUGUUCACCGAUGUGGAGGCGUCUCUGAAGGACAUUAAGGACAUUCUUGAUGAAGAGGAAAAGGAGGAAAAAAAAUUGCAAGACGAGGUAGGGAAGGCAAAUGUACCUCCGACCUCCGCCCCUGCAGUGAUGGAAGUUGGCAAAGAGUGGACAAAAUACAUGGAGGUGCAUGAGAAGGCGAGCUUCACCAACACCGAGCUGCACAAAGCCAUGAACCUGCAUAUUAGCAACCUGCGCCUCCUGAACGGACCCCUGGACCAGCUCCAGCAAGCACUGCCUGCACCGACUCUGACUGAGGAUGACAAGUCCGUGCUGCAGAACCUGAAGCGGAUCCUGGGUAAGGUGCAGGAGAUGAGACAGCAGCGUCUGUCACUGGAGCAGCAGCUGCGAGACACUAUCCAGAAGGAUGAUAUCACCACCUCGCUGGUCACCACUGACCGCUCCGAGAUGAAGAAACUCUUUGCAGAGCAGCUGAAGAAGUACGAUCAGCUGAAGGUUUACACUGAGCAGAACUUGUCCGCCCAGGAGAACAUCCUGAAGGCUCUGACCGAAGCCAACGUCAAGUACGCACCAAUAAGGAAGACCCUGGCGGAGUGCGAGCAGAAGUGGAACCACACUGUGCAGACCCUGAUCUCCUCCUACGAGGCCUACGAGGACCUGAUGAAGAAGUGCCAGGAGGGGAGGGACUUUUACGCAGAUUUAGAAGGCAAAGUGGGCAAGCUCCUGGAGAAAGCUCGUGCCGCGUUCGAGGCGUCCCAGGCCAGCCGGCUGCAGAUCCUAGAGCGGGAAAUGAAGAAGAAGCCGCCUCCUCGUCCCACAGCCCCAAAGCCGUCGUUGGAGAAGAAGGUGUCGGACGUGGACCUUGAGAACAUAGCGGCUGCUGAUCUGGCGGAUAUGCAGCAGUUCUCCUCUCUCUUUUUCUCUGAUCUCCCCGAGGAGCUGAAGAGUCUACCCCCAGAAGCCCUCCUGGCACAUUUCGACCGCUUGUCUGCAGAUGCCAUGGCUGCAUUUCCAGUGAAUCCAGUCUCUGCAUACGGUGCCGUAAGAAUGCCGAGCGCAGAUACUUACAGAGCCGGGAGAACGGCUACUGCCCCUUUGCCAGACCCACAGGCUGUGCCGUUCACCCAGGCUCCAUUUAAUGUUUUGCCCGGGCAAAUGCCACAGAUGGCUGCGGGUGCUGCUCCCGGUCAGGCAUUCCCUCCAGUUUCCUAUAGCAGCAUUCCUCCUGUCAGCUCUGGCACAGCAGUCCCUCCACAGCGAGGGCAUCCAAAUGUUAGCGGAUCAUCUCGGAUACCGACCUCUUCUGUGUAUUCACCAGGGGCACCACCUGUUCAGCCCAAUCCAGCAUCCGCACCUAUAGCACCAGGCUACAUGGCUGCGGGUAUGCCGCCACCGAGAACGUCGCCGCAGCACAUGCCAGUGCUUGCCCCUGGGGUGGCUCCCUCAGCUAAUCAAUUCAGGCCAAAUUCUGCAGUUGGUUUUGGCACAGGACAGGCGCCAUCUGCAUCAGUGGUGUCUGGCCCUAUGAACCCGAACGUCCCUCAUCCAUCACUGGCAAGAAAUGCGCAGCCUCAGGUCACACAGGGCGUUCGUCCUGCGACCACCACAGUGGACAGUAUUCAAGGGCCCAUUUCAAGUUACACUGCGCCCAGGAUGCCCCAUUCUCAGAGUGGCUAUAUGGGGGCCCCAGGGCUCCCAGUGAUGGGUCAGGGCCAUCCGUUCCCAUAUUCUCAAGGUGCGGUUCCGAAUUUCAUUCCGCCCCCUACACAUUUACCACAUGCCCAGCCUAACCAAAUGUUUCAUAUGCCCAGGCAGCCCCAGGCUAGAAUGGAUCUGCCGCCACAGCCUCUUCCUGGACAGUCGCAGUAUGCGGCACCUGUGCAGCAUCAGUUCACCCCCCAAACAAGAGCCCCCUUCCAACCACAGCUGCCCGCUGUGUACCAACAGGGACAGCCAGCUCGUAUGCCUGUCGUAAACCCUGUGGUGCCUCAACAUCCAUAUCAGCAGUUUGCGGUGCAGCCCCAGCACCCCGCGGUGCAGCCCCCUCCUCACCUCAUGCCGCAGCAGUAUCCUCUUGCUCACCAGGAUCAACAAUCUCUUUACACAACUUUUCCAGGCCCCAUACCCAGAGCAUCUCCUCAGCCAGUCCAGACUGUGCCCCUGCCCAUGAGUCAGCCAUCUGGUGUUCCAGGCGUGCAGAACGUCCCUCCAGGAUCUGCCCCCCAGGUCCCAUCCGCUAUGUCUUUUGCCCCCCCAGUAAGACACCCCUCCAGCAGUAUAGUAAAUUCGGUUCCUGCUGGGCCCCAGAUGCCAAUGGGUGCCCCUCAGGCCCCGCCCCUUGCUCACCACGUACAGCCUCCUGGCAGCCCGGCACUCAGCCAGCUGCCAGGUGGUGCCAUUGUUUCUGGAGCCCCAACCAUUCCUUCUCCAUCACCCUCUCCAAAGCCACCAGUUCUUCCAUGCACUGUAUCUACCUCUACCGUGAUGCCUCAGAGACCCCCGCCUUCACUUACUCCUGGAACGACCCCUUUAAGUCAAGCAUCUACCGAACCAGUCUUUCACCGGCAGAGCUCCACUACGGAUGACCUGCUGUCAUCUAGUCCCGAGAGCCAACAUGGAGGCUCCAAAACGUCGGUGGGACAGCCGCUCUUACAACCCACCAAGGCGGAUUCUAAAGAUGGCCUCAGGCCUAAAGGCAUUCAGCUGAUCGAGAACGAUCCGUAUGAGAAGCCGGAGCACAUCAUGCGCCUCCUGUCUGAGCUGGAUCGCUUCAGACUGGUGGUGGCAGCUCUGGACAAACCCGUGCCUGGUGCAGCCACCCAGCUGGAUGCCAUGUGGAAAGAGUUCCAAGAUGCCCAAGAGAAGGAGGCCAGAAACCUGUCCAUCGCCAUCGCCCGCUGCUAUACCAUGAAGAACAGACACCAGGACAUCAUGCCCUAUGACAAGAACCGCAUCAUCUUACAGUCCGGGAAAGAUGACUACAUCAAUGCCAGUAAGAUCGAAGACCUCUCUCCGUACUGCCCGACCAUCAUUGCCACCCAGGCUCCACUGGUGGGCACAGCCGCAGAUUUCUGGCUGAUGAUUUACGAGCAGAAGGUGUCAUUGAUUGUGAUGCUGGUGUCGGACCUGGAGAUAGAGAAGCAAAAAGUCGUGCGUUACUUCCCUACGGAGCGCGGCCAGCCGGUGCUGCAGGGGCACAUCACGCUGACGCUCACCAGCCUCAAGGUCGCUGACACGCACGUAGAGCGAGUGAUGUCACUGCAGUACAAGGACCAAAGCCUGAAACGGUCCAUCAUCCACCUGCAGUUCAUGUCCUGGCCUGAGCUGGGUCUUCCUGACAGUAAAGGGAACCUGCUGCGGUUUAUCCAGGACGUACAUAAGCACUACCUACACCAGCGCCCCCUGCACAUGCCCAUUGUUGUGCACUGCAGUUCUGGCGUGGGGCGGACCGGAGCGUUCUGCCUCCUCUAUGCUGCUGUACAAGAAGUGGAGGCCGGCAACGGGAUCCCGGACCUGGCGGAACUGGUGAAGAAGAUGAGGCAGCAGAGGAAGCACAUGCUGCAGGAGAAGAUACAUCUGAAGUUCUGCUACAAGGCGGUUCUGAAGCACGCAGAACAGGUUCUCCAGAGACACGGCUUCUACACCCCCUCUGCCAGCAAGCCCCAGUCUACUGCCCCCCAAAAGAUCUACAGCCUGCAGGACCCACAGGACAUUGUCCUUGGAGGAGAUAUGCCCAUCAGCUCCAUCCAAGCAACCAUUGCCAAGCUGAGCAUUAAACCCUGUACCGGCAGCCCAGAGGGCACCAACCAUUACCAGCCGCCUCCGCCCCUGGACGUGAACGAGCAGGCGCCAAAUGAGAUUGUACAUGUGGUGCUUCCCGCCAGCUCCUCCCAGCCAGAUCUCACUGCUUCACUGGUCACUGAGCCGCAGACCCCUCCAAACCAGACCACCACCAAUGGUAUCAGCGAAGCCCCUGCAGAAGCUACCAACAGUCAUGACCCAGCGCCAGCCCCUGAGCCUUCCUCUGCCUCUCCGGCACCGUUGUCUUCAUCUCUCAACCUGCUGGCUUCUUUGACCCCCGAGACCUUCAACCUGGACAGCUCUCAGCGAGGGAAGCAGAAGAUGAACAAGCAGAACUUCCUCCAGCCCCAGAACGGGAGCGGCCUGACCCGGGCCGGAAAAUCCGGAGACGAUCCCCUCAGUAUGCUGGACCCACUGUGGACACUGAACAAAACCUAAGACUGUGAGAUCAGGAGAUCUGAAUCAUCCAAAAAGUCUGGCGAGGACAUGGACAAUCCUGAGGAACAUGACCUGGCGGGUUGGGAGACCACGAUUAUUAUCCUGUAGCUUUCCGACACUCCCCUGACCCCACUGAUGCACCAGUAACACUCCCUGAGCCUUAUUGUGACACUAAACUGAGACGGGAGAAGGUUUGGCGGAUUCCAGGCAGAUCUGAUGCCGGAGCGACGUGUAGCUCGCGGGAGACGCUGCAAAGAGCUGCCCAGAUCCUGGUGGAGCCGAGGGAUCUUCUGUAAAUAUUCCAUUUCCAGUCACCCCUGCAGGUUUUUGUUUUAUGUAGUACACGGGAGGCGGGCGAGCAGCGGAUGGUCGAGGGUUACGCGCGGGGAGGGAAUCUAGUGAUCAGGAGAAGAGAGUGCCCAGUCUGGCUGCGGGGCCCGGGGGAGCUCGAAAGUCUUGGGGAUUUUCGGUUUUCCCUGUACGUCCAAUUGGACGCGUCCCCUGUUCAUCUGGGUCCGAGAUGGAGCAGACACUAAUGCCAUGGGUCAUCAGCCUCCAGCACGCCAGCUGUUGUGCGACUAAAACUCCCAGCUUGCUCAACGGGUGAGAGAGUUUACAUGCUGGGAGUUGUAGUUUCACAACGGCUGGAGUGCCAGGGGUUGCUGGCGCCCUCUAUAGAGCAUACAAUAGGCAGAUCUACCACCUACCAUCAGCCCUGGAUUCCUGCAAUUUGAUUGGCUGUGCAUGUCUGGUCUGGCAGUUACCCCGCGGUAGGCUCCCCCCAGCUUUCUGUAAAUCACUGCGAGAUCCAGCCGCGGCCCGAUUGUGCCUCUGACCGCCGGCGGAUACAUACAGUACUUAAAGGGACAGCGCUGCUUUUAAAGUAUUAAAGAUAUGUUGCUGAAUUCGGCUAUUACAGUAAAAAUCCUAGAAUCUGAACGUUACACAAUUAAUAACUUUCUAUCAGUUCAGCCGUGUACGACUCUGUGAAUAUCGCAACGUGUAAUCUCCAGUGUGCAUUUUAUAACCUUAAUGAUUGGCCGAUGUGUACAGUACAAAUAAUCCCAUUUUAAAUUAUGAAAUAAAUGAUGG